UGCACAAUUGGUGGCUGACUAAAUACUUUUUUGCCCCACUGUACUCUAAGAUGGACAUGAACAACCAGGAGGCCUAUGAGCUGGCUGCGAAGGUGAAACUCCGUCCCGACUGGAAGUCUCCCUCUAUUAUGAUAGGCCUGCGUUUAUUACACUUCCAACCACCCCACUUUACCUUGGAGGUGCAGUGUUUGAAUGAAACCCAGCAAUACCUGUGCAGAAUCUUGCAUGAGGUGGGCUUGGAGCUCUGCAGCACGGCAGUAUGUAAAGGAGUGCGCCGCACGCGAGACGGGCCCUUCACCGUACAGCACGCUUUGACCCGCCGACACUGGACUGCCCCUGGUGUCAUACAGGCCAUCCAACAGUCCAGGAAGGCUAGAAAAUCCAAGAGCACACAGCCAGGGGAGGAUACAGGAACAGCCAGGCGAAGACAGGAAAUUUAGGAAGAAGCAGCAGUCACUGGUGAAUCCCACCGGUUACACUUGGUAUUGACCUCAAAAGCAUUUGGCUCUUGAUGUCCUUGGGAUUAGAUAUCCUUGAAAGAAAGCUACACGAGCUGCAAAAUAGAUUGGUUUUAGUCAAUCAAUGCAGAUGUGGAAAGACUGAGCUAUUUUUCAUGUGCAAUGUCUCUGCUUUUUUUUCUGACAAUGUAAAAUGUGUGACCUCUUUAUGUUUGUGUAUCAAUGUGUUUAUUCAUCUUAUAAAUUAAAUAAUAUUCCAACUGUGAUGAUAUAUGAAAUCAAAAUACACUUUACCAACCAAGAAAUACCAGAAUGAUCUACACUACUUCCAAGUCAACACUAGAUGGCAGCACAAGACAAAUUUGAUUAGCCACAUUUCAGAAAUCAUGUUUUAGCAAUCUGUGUAAUUUUGCAACCAAACUCCGGGUUAUAAAACAUUUAUGCAAAGGAUUAACACACAAAAACAAUACAUUCAUUAUAGUAAUGCAUUCUCAAAUGGAACCCUUCCUUAGCAAGAGAUUCCGUGCGCAUAUUUUAGUUGCUGCACAUGACCGCCGUCAGUAAGGCCCAUGCUAUCCGGGAUCUCCCUGUGUGCACAAAUUUGUUAACAUCCCUGUUGGUGAGCAUUUCUCCUUUGCCAAGAUAAUCACC